GCGUCUGCGCGGUGAGGGUCAGCUUGUCAUCGGUGCUAACGGUUUUCCCUCUUCCGCGGUCGCCUCUCUCGAUCGCUUCGCGCUCCUCUUUGUCUCCGGGAGAGAGAGCUAUAUAGGUAAGGAGGCGAGAAAGGGGAGAUAGCAGGGAAGAGACAUUUAUAGAAAGGGAGAUACAAAGCUUUUCUUUCCGCCAGUAGUUCAGUACUUACGAUGAUGGACGAUGUCAGCGCUUCUGCGGCGGGGUCGAGUUCGGGAUCAGGAGACCGGAGGAAUUCCAAGAGACCCAAAUAUUCGAGGUUUACUCAGCAGGAGCUUCCAGCCUGCAAGCCGAUUCUCACCCCACUAUGGGUUAUCUCAUUGUUCACUUUGGUUGGCAUAAUCUUCAUUCCUAUUGGCCUAGCUUCGCUGCUUGCUUCCAACGAUGUUGUUGAAAUUGUUGAUCGGUAUGAAACUGCCUGCGUUCCACCCAGCAUGAUUAAUGAUAAGGUUGGGUACAUUCAGAAUCCAGCCAUCAGCAAAGCUUGUGCUCGGGUGCUCAAGGUACCCAAGGACAUGGACAAGCCCAUAUAUGUGUACUAUCAGCUUGAUAACUUCUAUCAGAAUCACAGGAGGUAUGUAAAGAGCCGAAAUGAUAAGCAGUUGAGGGAUGCUAGCAAAGCUUAUGAGACAAGUGGUUGUGACCCGGAAAAAACCACUGUAGAUGGAACUCCUAUUGUUCCUUGUGGGCUUAUAGCAUGGAGUUUGUUCAAUGAUACAUACAGCUUCACCCAUGGCAAUGGUGAAUCAUUGAUUGUGAACAAGAAGGAUAUUUCCUGGAAGAGUGACAGGGAUCACAAGUUUGGAUCUGAUGUGUAUCCCAAAAACUUCCAGAAUGGAGCUCUGAUAGGUGGUGGAAAGCUUGAUUCUAAGAAACCUUUGAGCAAGCAAGAGGAUCUCAUUGUGUGGAUGCGUACUGCAGCCCUUCCAACCUUUAGAAAGUUGUAUGGAAGAAUAGAGAUGGAUCUCAAGGAGAACGACAUCAUUACUGUGAACUUAGAAAACAACUACAACACAUACAGUUUUGGUGGUAAGAAAAAACUUGUGCUUUCAACCACAUCCUGGCUUGGAGGAAAAAAUGAUUUCCUUGGCAUUGCAUAUCUCUCUGUUGGUGGAUUGUGCUUCUUUCUUGCAACAGCCUUCACUGUUCUAUAUUUGGUAACGCCUAGGAAACUUGGAGAUCCUUCAUUCUUAUCAUGGAACAGAAAUUCGGGAAUUCAGUAGAUUUAUAUGCUGGUGGCCAGCCCUGUUUGUUCGUUCUUGUGUAUAUCAUUUCUAUAUUUUUAAAAUUAUAUGAUUCUGUAUAUUUGAAGACAAUUUGAUAUUGUGAAUGUGUAAUUAGCUGAGAAUUCUUGUAAGUUUAUCAUUCUUUCUGCAGAAAAAUGUAUGAAUUUUAUUUUUGAUAA